AUGCGCCAGGCUGCCUUCGCUAACUUGCACAUAGCUGCCUUGAGCGACGAAGAAAUUAGCCAAUCUUCCGAAGCCGAAGAGAUCCCCGAAAAGAAACAGAGCAAGUCCAAAUCGGCAGAACCCGUUCAAGACGAAGAGGACGAGGACGAGGAGGAAGAAGAAUACGUCGUAGAGGAGAUUCGAGCCCACAAGACCGUAAAGCGAGAACAGGGCUCAGUAGUCUACCAUGUAAAAUGGCAAGGAUACGACGAUCCCAAGGAUAUGACAUGGGAGGGCGAAGACAACCUCGAGGGCGUCCAAGCACUAGUAGACUACCACAAGUCGAUUGGCGGCAGACCAGAAGGCGGGAAGAAGCGCAAAGGCAGAAAAUCCGCCGCCGACACCGAGAGGAGCACACCCGUAGCAGCGAAGCGAAUGAAGAAGGAGAAGGAGUGGGCCCCGCCGCCAGGCUCAUGGGAGGACGAGGUAGACCACGUUGACACAGUGGAGCAGCGGUUAAACCCUAAAACCGGACAGCACGAGAAGUUCGGCUAUCUGGUCUGGAAUAACCGCAUCAAGACUCAGCAUCCCCUUCCGCUCAUUUUCAAGAAGUGCCCACAGAGAAUGCUCGCGUACUUCGAAGAGCACUUGGUAUUCAACAAUGCGGAUGAAGAGGAAGUGAAUGGCAACGUGAACAUGAGCGGCGUCGAUGACGAUAUCUGA